GCUUAUUAUUUGCACGCGCCCAGACAUUCCUUCAGCGGAAAGUAAACAACGUAAACCUGAAGCGGGGAAUUCGACGCUAUUUGGCCUAUUUCUGCCGAGAUAAUUGGAGAUAUUUGGAGAACUAGCAAAUGUACGUUGUAUGCAAGAGCAACACUGACAGCUAAGAAAUAGAUACAUUCUGGUGAAGAUCAUUAAAGUCUGCAAGUAUGGAUAACUUACGUUUUGCUGGAGAUGAUGAUGAGGACCUUUACUCAGGGUUUGAUUCUGUUCAUCCUGCUCUUGAUACACGGCAGCUAGAUGCUGAUCAGGGUUUUCAAGAAGCUGUUCGCACAAGUUAUGGCAGACGGCCACCGACUCAGAGUCGAGCCCCCACGACAGCUGCUCGCCUCACUUCUACUGCUGGGCUUCGGAUAGGGACUGGUCAAGGUACUGGGUUGGUGCUAAAUAGCUCAGUGGGCCAAGUUGGUCCAGGGUCAAGUGAUGGACUUAAAAGGCCAAUGACCAGCAUGAGAGGAACAGGUUAUACAUCCCAGUCAAAUGUGUUUGAUCCCCUCAAUCAAGCAAGCAAAGGACCUGCUCCUGCUCUUAUUUCCAAAACUGAUGAAAGCCCAGAAGAAAAGAUAAAGUCACUUGAACGUCGAGUAAUGGGGCUUAUUGAAGAGUCCUGCAUGGCUGCUUCUAGAGGAGAAAUUCGCCUGGCCCUUGACAGAGCCAAAGAGGCUUCUAGUAAAGAAAGAUCUCUCAUAAGGCAGCGGGAACAGGCAGGAUUGUCUGAUGGACACAACUUGGAUCUCACCUUUUCUGUCCUUUUCAAUCUGGCUAACCAGUAUGCUGCCAAUGACAUGUACACAGAAGCCCUAAAUACAUAUCAGGUUAUUACAAAAGACCGCAUGUUUAACAAUUCUGGCCGGCUUCGAGUCAACAUGGGCAACAUCCACUACAAAAUGGGACAGUAUAACAAGGCCAUAAAAUUCUAUCGCAUGGCUUUAGAUCAGGUUCCUAAUACGCAUAAAAGUAUGAGGAUAAAAAUAAUGCACAAUAUUGGCCUGGUGUUUGUCAAGAUGGCACAGUACUCUGAGGCAUGUACCAGCUUUGAAUACAUUAUGCAGGAGGAGGCAAACUUUAAGACUGGGCUGGAUUUAGUUACAGCAUAUUAUGCUCUUGGAGACAAGGAAAAAAUGAAGAAAGGCUUCCUUCGUUUGCUAGAAUGCCAAUUAGAUAUUGAUGACGAUGAAAAGUACACAGCUUCAUCAGAAGAUACUCAGUCCAACCUGAUUCUUGAGGUCAUCCGCAAUGAUCCUCUUCGAAAGAUGGAAAGGCAGAUGAAGCAAGAGGCUGAACGUUCGAUACUUACAGCUGCAAAGCUCAUUUCACCUGUCAUUGAGAAUACCUUCAGUGAAGGUUACAAUUGGUGUGUAGAUGCAAUCAAGAAUUCCCAGUAUGCAGACCUUGCAAAUGAUCUGGAAAUCAACAAAGCUGUCAUGUUUUUGAGGCAAAAGAACUUUAAAGAUGCUGUAGAGACACUCAAAAUGUUUGAGAAGAAAGAAACAAAAGUAGCCAGCACAGCUGCUACAAAUCUUUCCUUCUUGUAUUUCUUGCAAAAUGAAAUUGACUUGGCUGAAAAAUAUGCCCUCAUGGCAAGGGAUUCCAAUGGCUACAAUGAUUCUGCCCUUGUGAAUUUAGGGAACUGCUGCUUCAAGAGGAAAGAUUAUGAGAAAGCUCGUGAGCACUACAUAGCUGCUUUGGACAUAGAUGCAUCAUGUGUGGAAGCUCUAUACAAUCUUGGACUAACAAACAAGAAACUUGGACGUUAUGAAGAGGCACUUGACUCCUUACUGAAAAUGCAUGCCAUUGUUCGCAAUUAUCCACCAGUAGUCUACCAGAUUGCCAGUUUGUAUCAGGAGCUGAGUGACAUCGACCAGGCUUCUGAGUGGUAUUUACAGUUGCUCGGUCUAGUUCCAACUGAUCCUCACAUCCAUCAGCGAUUGGGCCAGCUUUUUGACACAGAAGGUGACAAGCAACAAGGAUACCAAUAUUACUUUGAUUCUUACAGAUAUUUCCCUAGCAACCUAGAAGUGAUUGAUUGGUUGGGGUCCUACUUCAUUGAGCACCAGGUUGCAGAAAAGGCAAUCAGUUACUUUGAAAGAGCUGCAUUGAUGCAGCCUGAUGAAGUAAAGUGGCAAUUGAUGGUGGCUGCAUGUCACAGACGGUCUGGCAACUACCAACAGGCAUUGCAGACCUACAAGCAGAUCCAUCGAAGAUUCCCAGAAAAUAUAGAGUGUCUGAAAUUGCUGAUUCGACUCAGUAGUGACCUGGGAUUAAAGGAAACAGCUGAGUAUGCCCAGGAGCUGAAGAAGGCUGAAAGAGCUCAAGAGCAGCGUGAGAGCCGAGCUGCCAGUGGCUCUCGUCCUGGAUCUCGAAGAUCCUCUUCUCGGGCUUCACGUAGUGGCUCAGCUGCCUCUGGCCACGAGGAACCAGGGGCUUUACCUCCCAAGAGUCCAGGUCCAGGUGCUAGAGCAAGUUCCCGUGGUUCUCGCAGUAUCCCAGGCUCAGCCAUGAGUGGCAGAAUGACACGCCUUUCACUGAAUGAUCUUGAUGAGAAUGAGCCAUUUGUGCCAUCUAACAAAGAAGUUGACAGCAGCUAUGUGGAUCCCUUAGGUCCAUUGCAAGAACGCCCAAAGACCAGCAUGAGAAGAAAACAGGAUGAGGAUGACUUUGCUGAUGAAGAAUUGGGUGAUGAUUUGUUGCCAGAGUAAAGGUUUUAGAUUGUAAUCAAGGAAGUUUAUUAAAUAAGUAUUAGAAAUAUUCUCAUAUAAUUUGUGCCUCAGUUUUCAUGGUAAACUAAUGUCACAGUUUGU